AAUAUUAAUAAACACUAUUUACGACCAAUAUCUUCCGAGUAAAACCCGCACAAACCCUUUAUAUAUUAAUUAAUAAUAAUCCUCUCAAAAUUCCCCAUGAUGAUCACAUUCUGAUCGAACUCCCGAAACCCUAAAAAAGAGGGUUUUCGAUUGUUGCUAUUAUUAAUCUACUGAUGGAAUCCAGGAAACGAGUGUUUUGGGGUGGUAGUUCAUCGGCUGCCGAUCCCGAUGUGAUCGAGAUUGCUCCUCCGUUGCUUGAUCGGACGGCGAUUACGAAGGCCAAAGGGAAACAAAAGGAGGUUGCGUAUCAUGAAAUAAUUGAUGUUGACAUGGACGAAGACUGCGAUGACGUCAUGUUCCUUGAAGCGAAGGUUGAAUCAGAUAAAAAAGCGAAGGUUGGCACGGGCAGUUCGUUGGGUUCUAGUAGUGCGGCAAACUCAGGAUUAAAUAACUUUAUUGAUUUAGACGACUACGUUGAUGAUUAUGUUUUCGACGACGAGUAUCUGGCGUUGCAAGCACAUUUCGAUGACAUCGGUCUUCCUGCUGGGAUCGAAGCCCCCAUUCCCUGGUUGCCAGAUUUAGUCGCGAUGAAAAAAGACAAGCCUGCAAUUCCAUUUGUGAGUCAACCGAACACGGUUGACCCGAUGCCCACAUCCGCUUUUAAUUCUUCGAGUAAAAGUACAACCAUACAUGGACAGUCUCCCUAUUUUGACCCUAAACCCGUUCCAAUGCACUCUAAUUUUACACAAACUGGUAACGGUAAUUAUUUAUCUAAUAAUUUUAGUACACAAGUCGGAAACGGCUCGUCAAGUUUCCCUGAUCCUCUAGGAAUGGAUUUUAAAUGGUAUGAAUCUUUCGAGAAGAACAUAGCGUAUCCUCAGUUGGGCAUGAACACAACUGAUAUGCUGUCUGGAACCGGGAGUAUAUACUCUAUGGAUGAUAUCGAUAUGUUACUGGGCCAGGAUGCUAGUGUGAACUGGCCGAGCCCAAUAAGUUCAUCUGGGUUGACAAAGCUAAAGAAAAGUUACGAAGGUUUCAAGAAGUAUGAUGCUAGUGUAAACGGGCCGAGCUCAGUAAGUUCAUCUCGGUUGGCAAAGCUAAAGAAGGCUUUGAAGAAGAUUGAUGCUAGUGUAAAUGACCCGAGCUCGAUAAGUUCGAGUUCUGUUGAAAGUUCAUCUAGCUUGGCAAAGUUUCUUGAUGGUGAUGUAAAGAAAAGGUAUGAAAGCUUCAAGAAGUUUGAUACUGUCGUUGACCAUUCGGAUCACCAUUACGUAAAAAAGAGUUCGGCAAUGACACAGCCACCAAAAAAUUGGGCUAAAAAGAUACAAGAAGAGUGGAAGAUUCUUGAGAAAGACUUGCCCGAUACAAUAUUUGUUCGAGUUUAUGAAUCAAGGAUGGAUCUAUUAAGAGCUGUAAUUAUCGGAGCAGAGGGGACGCCGUAUCAUGAUGGUCUUUUCUUCUUUGAUGUUUGUUUUCCAAGCGGCUAUCCUAAUACUCCGCCUCUUGUGCAUUACCACUCUGGUGGUCUUCGCAUUAAUCCAAAUCUGUACAAUUGCGGUAAAGUUUGCUUGAGCCUUCUGAACACAUGGACUGGGGUGCAGAACGAGAGGUGGAUCCCGGGCACUUCAACCAUGCUUCAAGUUCUGGUCUCGAUACAGGGUCUGAUUUUGAACGCGAAGCCCUACUUUAACGAACCGGGGUAUGCAAAUUCAAGCGGCUCUGUGCAUGGCGAACAGUCUUCCUUACAUUACAAUGAGAAUACCCUUAUUUUGUCACUCAAAACAAUGGUGUAUACCAUGAAGAAACCACCCAAGUACUUUGAGGAUUUGGUGAUUGGGCAUUUUCAGCAUCAUGUACGCGAUAUUUUAAUGGCGUGUAAAGCUUACACAGAAGGUGUGCAGGUGGGGUGUGUUGUUAAAGGAGGUUUACAAAAAGUCGGUGAGGGUAACAAUAGCUGCUCGGUCAAGUUCAAGCAUGAUGUGGCCUCAUAUGUUAAGACACUUGUAGCCGCAUUUGAGAGGAUAGGAGCAAAAGAAGCCCAGGAAUUUCUUUCUUUAAUUAAAGAAAGUUCUUUGCCUGCUGCUGAACCUGGCCCAGGCCCCGUCCUUGGACCGGGCCCUGCCUUUAGCCCAUUCCCAUUCCCAUUCCCGGGCCCUGCGUACAAGCCAACCUCCCCUUCCUAUGCUCCUGGUUAUCCUUAUAGUUCUAUAUCUGCUGCUUAUAAUCAGCAUUGGUUUGCGAGUUCCUUCCCUCAGAAUUCCAGGAAGCGAGUGUUUUGGGGGAGUAGUUCAUCGGGUGCGGAUCUCGAGGUGAUCGAGAUUGCUCCUCCGUUGGUUGAUCGAACUUCGAAUGUGAAUGUGAAGGGGAAAGGGAAACAAAAGGAGGUUGCAUAUCAUGAAAUAAUUGAUGUUGACUUGGAUGAAGACUGUGAUGAUGUCGUGCUCCUUGACGGGAAUUUUGAAUCUAACAAAAAGGCGAAGGUUGGUAUGGGCACUUCUUUGGGUUCUAGUAAGAAAGUUGCGUCAAAUAAGAAAGGAAAGGAGGUUCAAGUAGAUCCCGGUCAUUCUCUCAACGGAUUUAACCCAGGAUCAAAUAACUUUUUUGAUUUAGAUGACUAUGUUUUUGACGAUGAGUACGGGACAUUGCAAUCCCACUUUAAUGACAAAGGUCUCUCUACUGGAAUUCCAUUUGUAACUUCAAACGCCCAAUUCGAGGCGAGUGUGAGUCAACCGAACAGGGUUGACCCAAUGCCUGCAUCCACCAUGUUUUCUUCAAGUAAAAAAAGUACACCUGAUGCUACUGUAAAUGGCUCGAGCUCAAAACGUUCGAGGUCUGUUAAAAGUUCAUCUAGAAAGGCAAAGCUUGUUGAUAAUGAUGUAAAGAAUAAGUAUGAAAGUUUCAAGAGGUUUGAUAGUGUCGCCGACCAUUCGGGUCAUCAUUAUGCACGACAGAGUUCAGCGUCGGCGCAGCCACCGAAAAAUUGGGCUAAAAAGAUACAAGAAGAGUGGAAGAUUCUUGAGAAAGACUUGCCUGACACAAUAUUUGUUCGAGUUUAUGAAUCGAGGAUGGAUCUUUUAAGAGCUGUUAUUAUUGGAGCGGAGGGGACACCGUAUCACGACGGUCUUUUUUUCUUUGACGUGUUUUUUCCAAGCACCUAUCCUAAUACACCGCCUCUUGUACAUUACCACUCUGGGGGUCUUCGCAUUAAUCCAAAUCUAUACAAUUGCGGUAAAGUUUGCUUGAGCCUUCUGAACACAUGGUCCGGGGGGCAGAACGAGAAGUGGGUCCCAGGCAAAUCGACCAUGCUUCAAGUUUUGGUGUCGAUACAGGGUCUGAUUUUGAACAUGAAGCCCUACUUUAACGAACCGGGGCAUGCAUAUUCAAAUGGCUCUGUGUAUGGAGAAAAGUCUUCCUUACAAUACAAUGAGAACACCUUUAUUUUAUCACUUAAAACAAUGGUGUAUACCAUGAAGAAACCACCCAAGUACUUUGAGGAUUUGGUGAUUGGGCAUUUCCAGCAUCGUGUACGUGAUAUUUUAAUGGCGUGCAAAGCUUACACAGAAGGUGUGCAGGUGGGGUGUGUUGUUAAAGGUGGUGUACAAGAUGUUGAUGAGGAUAACAGUAGCUGCUCCGACAGGUUUAAGCAUGAUGUUGUCUCGUAUAUUAAGACACUUGUAGCUGCAUUUAAGAAGAUAGGAGCAAAAGAAGCCGAAGAGUUUCUUUCUUUAAGUGUCAAGGAAACUCCUCUUCCUGCUGCACCAGCCCUGGGCCCGAGCUUAAUCCCAGCCGCACAUUCCUACUCUUCUCAUGGUUAUAUUCCAUACCCUAAACCGUCUGUAUCUACUGCUUAUAAACAUGCUGCUUAUAAACAGCAUUGGUGAAAGGGAUGUGAAUGCGAUGGGAUUUGAUAGGCUUGCAUUAUUUUUCAUCUUGGAUAUGUGGUUUGGACUCCAGGCACACCAUAUGAUUAUGCUAUAUGUAUAUAGGGGCUGGGCUAACCAUUUUUUAUGUUGAAAGUUUGACUUGAGAAAUAUAUCCCCUUUUUUGGGCAACUUUGAUUGCAAA